GCCAUUCAGCGAGCUUUGCAUCGAGCGGCAGAGCCAUAGCUGCACCAUGUCUUCCAACGUCACCGUACGGACGCGGAAGUUCAUCAGGAAUGCCCUGCUCGCGCGGAGGCAGAUGGUCGUGGACAUCAUCCACCCCGGCGUGGCCAACGUCUCCAAGACCGAGCUCGGGGAGAUGAUCGCGAAGAAGUUCCGCGUGUCGGACGCGACGAUGGUGACCCUCUUCGGCUUCCGGACCCACUUCGGUGGGGGCAAGAGCACCGGCUUCUGCCUCAUUUACGACAGCGUGGAGGACAUGAAGAAGUUUGAGCCCAAGCACCGUCUCGCACGGGCGGGUCUCCAGGACAAGAAGGAGACCUCCCGCAAGCAGAUCAAGGAGGCCAAGAACAGGCAGAAGAAGAUCCGCGGCACCGGUCGCCGUAUCGCCAAGCACAAGGCGAAGAAGGCCGCCAAGUAGACAUCUGGCCGGCUACGUUCUUUCAGCUGCCACCAAGCUUUGCAACACUUGUUCGCAAUGCGGGAUCUGUUUUUUGGCGGUCUUGCUUUGGUUGGUUUGCUCUGGAGGGGGGUCGGGAGGGGGGACCAGACGAGCAUGCCUAGACGGGUUGAUAGGAGCGGGCAACCGUGCCUUCUGCGAUGGCCAGCGUUGUGGUGUGUUGGUUGACGAGCCCUCGUCUGCUUUUGGCCGAUCCCAUCCCCUGUGAUGUAUGAUCUGCCGCUCGUUUCUUUUUCGGAAGAACAUAAUAAAAAGCUCACUGAAAAUGCC